CGCGUCCGCGCAUGCGCGUGGCUGCCCGGCGGGCGGCGCAGCGCGGUACUGCGCUCGGCAUGGCGGGGGUGCUGAGGAAGACCACUGGACUCGUAGGACUGGCUGUAACUGAAAACCCUCAUGAGCGCCUGCGAAUACUGUACACGAAAAUCCUUGGUGUCCUGCAAAACAUUCCCAAAGAUGCAGCAUACAGGAAAUAUACUGAGCAGAUUGUAAAUCAGCGCUUUAAUCUGGUGCAGACGGAGACUGAUGUGCAAAAACUACAGGACAAACUGAAUAGUGGUCACAUAGAAGAAGUCAUCGUACAGGCUGAAAAUGAGCUUUCCCUGGCAAGAAAAAUGAUACAGUGGAAACCAUGGGAGCCUCUAGUUGAAGAACCUCCUCCUGACCAGUGGAGAUGGCCAAUGUAAUUUUCCAAAUGCUCCUUCAGCCGUUCUGCAUCAAACUUGUGCUCCAGACCCAUCACCAGCUUUGUUGCCUGUCUCUGGAACACUCCAGCACCUCAGUGUUCCUCUUGUAGCGAGUGACACAAAACUGUUAGAUUACAUCUGAACCACUGUAUUGAUCUGGCU